AUGGCUGGCAAAAAUCAACUUCCAUUCCAUGUGCGUGCUACUGAUGUAGUGCAUAGAUUGACCGUCCUAGGGUUAGCCGGAUUCUGUAUCAUUGGUGGAGGUUCAAUAGUGUUUAAUAUUUGGGCAAAUUCCGAUUUUGCUCCUUGGAAUAAGAAGAAGUUGAAGUUUGAAGAGGAGCAGUAUCAUCAAACUAGAGACGUUAGCAACCCAAACUCGUCACAGAAUGAGUAA